GGACAACGCCACACUCUGGGACAACUUCCACCUCAGCAUUUCCCGGGAUGAACUCUACGCCGCCGACGACCCCACCAUCAGCAGGCUCUUGCAGCAGGUCACCUCGCUGCCCAUCACCCACAUUACUCAAAAGGAGGGCGGGACGCAGCUUAAACUUAUCAUCGAGUUUGCUGACGGUGGCCAUGCUCUCUUUAAGCCCAUGAGGUUCCCACGUGAGCAACAGACGCUGAAAAACCACUUCUAUUUCACCGACUUCGAGCGCCACAAUGCAGAAAUUGCUGCCUUUCAUCUGGAUAGGUUGCUGGGCUUCAGGCGAGCUGUGCCAAUAGUAGGGAGGAACUUGAACAUGACCCGAGAGCUCUAUGCCUUAGCUCAGGGAGAUCUGCUCAAGACCUUCUUCAUUUCUCCUGACGGAAACCUCUGCUUCCAUGGAAAGUGCAGUUACUAUUGCGACACUGCACAUGCUAUUUGUGGAAACCCUGAUAUGCUUGAAGGAUCCUUUGCCAUCUUCCUGCCUGGCAAAGAGGCAGCUCCUCGCAAAGUAUGGCGACAUCCGUGGAGAAGGAGUUACCACAAGCGCCGGAAGGCUCAGUGGGAAGUCGAUGAUGAUUACUGCGAGCUGGUAAAAGAGGUGCACCCGUAUAACGAAGGCCGACGGUUGCUGGACGUCAUGGAUAUGUCCAUUUUAGAUUUCUUGAUGGGUAACAUGGACAGACAUCACUAUGAAACUUUCAAGAUGUUUGGAAAUAACUCGUCACCCAUUCAUCUCGACCAUGGACGUGGCUUUGGCAAACCUUAUCACGAUGAAAUAUCCAUUCUUGCUCCGUUGUACCAGUGUUGUCUCAUACGACACUCCACACUUUCAACUAUAUUAAGAUUCCACACUGGGCCACAGCAUCUGAGCGAGGCCAUGAGAGCUUCCAUGAGUGUCGAUCCCAUUAAUCCCAUUCUGUGGGAGCCUCACAUGGUAGCCUUGGACCGUAGGCUUAACAUUAUCUUACAAAUUGUGCGGGAGUGUGUGGAGAAAGCCCAGGAUCCAUUACACGUCAUAAUAAAUGAUUUUCACUAAGACCGUGUUAUAAUUUAUUCAGCACUUCAAUAUACACAAGUGACAAGUGUGUCAGAACAAGAAUAUUUAUAUUUGUAUGUGCAGAAUCAUUUAAUAAUUCAUGGAUAGAAAAGUUCCUGCCUACAGGAAAAAUAUGAUGUUUUGAUUUGUGUAAAAAAAAAAAAAAAGAAGAAUAGAGUGAAUGAAUGUCUGUGUGGGAUUCCCUAUAAUAGCCUCCUCCUGCUUCGGUGUACAUGAAGAAAUUCAUAUGUUUGCUUUGGGUGGAGGGUGUAGUACUUGGUUUCUGUGGGUUGAUAUAUGGAAAUACUGAGUGUUACUAUUAUUUAGGUUUUAUUGCAGAACUGGAAGUGGGAUGUGCUUGAAGAUAUAUCCUGCAAAGAAUGGUUUUGCAAUAUCAGGGCUGUAGUAAUGAUGCGAUAAUGUAGAGGCUCAUCUCUACAAUAGCAGUCCUAUGUUACACUGGUGCUAAUUAAUGCUUAUGGGGUACAGUUACCUGUUAUACUGGAUGUAGAAACACUUCACUAUGAUUACUUUAGAGCUGCUGAUAUAAGCAGUUUUUUAAAUGGACAUGAAUUACUGGGAAUGUGUUCGUUCAGUGUACAUUUUAUUAAAGAAUAUGACAUAAACAAAACAGACUGGAGACUUUGUUGUUUGUAGAGAGUUUGUUUUGUGAGAAAAGAAAUCACAUUUCAGAGUACACAACAUACAUGAAUCUUUAAUUUAUCCAUUCAUUAACUGGCUAAAAAACAGUGUUUUUCCCUUUAUAUUCUGCAUCAGCGAUAUGAAAAAUACUUAUAGCAUUUUUUUUUUUUAAGUGCUGUCUUACCUGUAACUCAUAUUGGUAAUAUUUUUUAAUUGUUCAAGACUUACUUUUUAAUGUCAAAAUUAAAUGGUCUUCUGCAUGGCCAUUUCCCAAAUAUUAUAUUCAAGACUUGUGUUAAUAUUAUUCCCUGUUGAAUUACUGAGUAUUUUCACAAUACUGGAUUUAGAACUUCAUCAUAUGAAUAUCAUUAUUAGUUACUAAAUGUUCAGGUUUUCAAGUCUUUGUUAUGAGACAGUGAUUGUUGGAUCAACCCUGAUAGAAUGAUAAACAAAUUAUUCAAGUAAUUUUAAUAGAAUAAGGUAGGUUGUCAGUCCUAUCAGGCAUAUACCCUUUCAGAUCCUCACAGUCAUUAUCACUGUUAUUUAAGAAAACAUCUAGAUGAUUAUCAGAGCUCCUUUUAUAUUAUUUGUUGAUGAUGUGCUUUGUAGUUUUCCUUUUUCAUUUUUUUAUGUUAAUUUAUGUAUUAUAGUGAAAUACUGGGAAAAUGCAAACAUUGUUUUUCAGUCAUAACUCAGCAAGAAAUUAAAGACAAAUUUUCACGAAGGUGUCAUAUACAUCCUGAAAUAUAAUGGCUUUAUGUAUUGUGAUUAAUUCAAAUAGCAUACGAAAAACUUUUGUUAAGCAGCAUUGAUGUGCAUUUGUUCAUUUAUGUUCAUUUCAGAUAUAUUGGUAAACUGAAAAUUAUAUAGAUGUAUGAAAUAUAUUGUUUUGAAUAUACAAGAGCAAAUAAGUCACAUUAUAUGAUAAAAGCUGCCUGUUAUUUUGAUAUUCAAGUUGAAAGUGUAUGUAAGUUGGCAUCAUGCUUUAUGUAAAUUUAGUAAUGAAUGUGCCCAAAUAUUCUUUCCUAUCUGGACUCUGAAAGUUUAGUGUGUGUGUGUGUGUGUGUGUGUGUGUGUGUGUGUGUGUGUGUGUGUGUGUGUGUGUGUGUGUGUGUGUGUGUGUGUGUGUGUGUAUUUGUGUGUA